AUGGCACUCUCCAUUGCCAACGCCGGUGCCAAUGGUGCCCUCAACGGCUUCUGGGGCCAACAUGGUGGUCACAACUUGAGAGAGUUCUGCGACACUGGCAUCCAGUACGCUACCCUCGGCUUCGUCAACAUGUCGCCCGAGAACGACUAUACGGAAGCCGGCUACCCGGGAAUCAACUUUUCCGCCCACUGCUGGGCCGACAGCUAUCUGGACAAAAAAGGCCAGCCCACGAAGCUGCUCUCCCACUGCAACUCCCUCAAGGAGGACAUCGAGUACUGCCGCGACAGGGGCGUCAAGGUCAUCCUCGCCAUCGGUGGUGACUACAACGCCAAGAGCAACUACAAGGUUUCGACGACGGAGAACGGAGAGUACUUUGCCGACUUUCUGUACAACGCCUUUGGCCCCUACAGCCCGAGCUGGAAAGGCCCUCGUCCCUUCGACAUCAGCCCGACGGAACAUGUCGAGGUCGACGGCUUCGACUUUGACAUUGAGGCCAAGCUGGACAACAAGCCUUACAUUGCCAUGAUUGACCGGCUUCGUAAGCUCGACCAGUCGCUCAUCAUCACCGGCUCCCCCCAGUGCCACCUUGCCGAUGAGUGGCAGCACAUGAAGCUCAUGCUCCAAAAGGCCGCCUUUGACGCGCUUUUCAUUCAAUUCUACAACAACCCGUCCUGUGACUACAUCCCCGGCAACGGUGGCUUCGGUGAAAAGUUCAACCUCGACGACUGGGUCGACUUCAUGGCGACGACGGAGAAGAGCCGGAACGCGAAGCUCUUCGUCGGCUUGCCCGUCAACGGCGUCACCUCGGGAGGCAACAGCGCCGCAGGCUCCGGCUACGUCUCGCCCGACGAGAUGCAGGAGCUCGUCUGCAAGUAUCGCGGCACCAAGAACUGGGGCGGCAUCUCGUUGUGGGACCUGAACCUCUCGGCCGAAAACGUGGUUGGCGGCAAGCCGUUCCACGAGCACGUUCUCGACGCGCUCCGCCACGGUUGCGGCACCGAGAAGCCGACCACGACGGAGGUGAAGGCGACGUCGUCCCCCGUCUGGUCCAACUCUACCGUCACCACACAGGCCCCCUUCGUCACCAGCACCGUCUACACCACCUUGGUCCGCACCAUCACCGAGUGCCCCCCUCAGGUCGUCGACUGCCCCCUCGGCACCGUCAAGACCGAGGUAGUCCCUCUCUACACCACCGUCUGCCCCUUUACGAAGACGGGCACGCCUGCCGCCGAGACGGGCAUGCCUUUCCCCGAGACGGACGAGGAAUCCUCCGGCAACGAAAGUGUCCACCGACCGGUCUCCAAGGCCAGAAUCACCCAGACGCUGGCCACGCCCUCGCCCCAUUCGACCAAGCAUGCCUGCGCCCACGGUCACUGCCCUGGCCGCUUCCAAGCCGGUAGCUGCCACGGCCGCAACUGUUCCGCCGUGGCCGUCCCAACGGACCGAUGGACCACGGCUGUUGUCAGCCCCCCCGUCGUGCCCACCAUGCCCGUCCAGGCAGGUGCCUCCACCGUCACUCUUGGGUUGGCUGGCGUUUUGAUCGCCACGGCCUUGCAGCUGCUUGCCCUCUGA